AUGUCGGCGCCACCACCGGAAAAGGGCGACAGCGCGAGCGGGGCAGCAGUAGACCAGUCGUCGCCGGCGAGGCAGGAUUUCGAGAGCCACGAUUGGGAGAGCGACGCACAGUGGCAGCGCUACCUGCAGGGGGUGGAGCUCCCCGCUCUCCCCACUCUCGAGGCCGCCGCUCUACGCCGCCUGAAGCGCAAGUACUGGCUGCGCUCCGUGGAUCCAUCGGCCACCUUCCCAUCGGACAGCAACGACCAGCCUGCUGCCCCACCCGCCGCGCAGGGCAGCACGCCCCCCGCCGCCGCCGCCUCCUCCUCCUCCUCGGCAUCAUCGGGGACGAAUCGUGAGGGCACGUCGGGACCGACGAGCAGUGGCAGUGCGGGAUCGGCCUCCGGGCGGCAGGGCGCAAGCGGACAAUGGCCGCGAGGGCUUGGGCUGGUGGGCGCGGCCGACGUGGCUGCCAAUGCGGCCGUGGUGCUGAGUGCACUGGCCCUCCUCCUCGCCGGCGUCUCGGCGGCUUACCGGUGGCUCCUCCUCGCCGUGUGUGCCACCUGCGCUCUCCACCUCUACCGCACCCUCGGGUCGCCUCAAUUCUCGCGGGAGUACCUGGCGCGGCUGAUGGCCACCGACAGCACGCACUAUCUCCUCCUCGCGCUGGUUUUCUUGAACGAGACCCCCGUCUUGUUGCUGGUGCCCGUGGUGGCGAUCUACGCGCUCAUCAACACGGCCACCUACGCCUCGGCCCUGGUCAGCGACGCGAGCGGCCUUGGUCACUAUGUCCGAUUGGGGACGUCGUACGUGCUGGCCAAGAGGGAGCAGCUGUACUUUGCGGCCGCCUAUCUGGAGAUCCUCCUGCUGCCCCUCAUGGUGAUCAAGUUUUUCCAGGGGUAUGUGGGGCUGAUGGGAGUGGUGCUGUACUUCCAGUUCGUGUCGGCGCGCUACCGAUCCAAUAGCCGAGCCCGCGGCGUUGCCACGAGCCUGCUAGGCCAGCUGGAUACCGUGGUGUACACCUACCUCCCCUCCCCGGUCGGCGCCCUCUACCACCGCCUGCGCCCAGGCUGA